AUGCUACGGCGCCACGAUGCCUUGCAGUUUCUCUGUCUUUCGCUUGGCUUGUUGGUAGAGGCGCACGAAAAACCUCUCUGGCAGAACGGGCACUACCCCUACGAGGACCUGAUCUCAGAAACAGUGGCAUACUGCUACACUUCGAUCGUUCGGAAUUCCAGCUGCUGUCUCGACAGCCUUUAUGCUCCCGGUGUUCGGAAGACAGUCGUGCGGCGCGUCGGAGUUGGCUGGUGGUGCGGCAAGUCCUGCUACGACGACAAGAAGGGCUAUCGUGGCGAUGACUUGCUUUGGGUCCCUGAAGGCGCUACUUGUGAAUCCCCACGGCUGCUCUGGAUUCAUGGGGGUAGCUGGGAGUAUGGCAGCCCUGAUACCUAUUCCUAUGGCCAGCUGGCCUCCAAGCUGGCUGGGCUUUCUGGCGCCGUCGUGAUGGUACCCGAUUUCCCCCUUGCGCCUGUCGGGACCUAUCAGGUCGUGCUCCGCGCUUGCCUUGAUGCUCUGCGUUGGCUGGCGGAAGCCCCGUUGGGAGACCUGCACUGCCCACCGGGAGUGGCGCCACUUCUGGUCGGGGGUGACUCAGCGGGCGGUGGGACGGCAAUGUCCCUGACUCUGAAGUUGAAGGAGAGCGGCGGCUGGAGCCCGAAGGGCAUCCGGGAGUCUCGACCGGAGGAGCUUCCUGGAGGUCAGAUCUUGGCAGGCGCUGUGUUCUUCAGCCCAUGGACGAACCUCAAGUGUGACACGCCGGAUUACUAUUAUAAUGCUUUCGCCAAGAUUGUGGACAAGAAGGCCUUCAAAGACCCCGACUCCGGGGUGGCGUAUGUGGGCGAUCUGAUGUUUCGAGGUCAUCCACAGGAAAACUUGGACGAGUUCACGGUGAAUGCCAAGAGCUAUGUGGGCGAUGAUGACAGCUUGCUGACAGAUCCCCUGGCCUCGCCUUUCUUUGCAUCAGUGGAUGAGCUGGGAGGUGGAGGCAUUCCGCCCCUGUUUUUUGCAGUUGGCGGCUCUGAAUCCAUCCUCGGUGACAGCAUGAUCCUUGCCCAGAAGGCGGCCUUCUACGGGACCAGCGUUCAUGUGGAUGUCCACGUCGGUAUGUGGCACGACUUUCCGAUGUACUCUGAAGGUUGUGGCAGUGGGGUGCCCUUGUGGCAGGCAGCUCGCGCUCUCAAUCGAACGGCAGCAUUCAUCAAGUAUGUUGCUGCCGCGAAGCAGACUGCAACACGACUGGGCUUGAUCUGGCCACCUACGACGUCCAUUCCUGGCACGCCGCACACCAGGUAUAUCUAUGACACUACGAGGCCUGGAGCUGCCAGGUGGUUUCCAAAGGAGGUGGUGGAUGAAGCAACAGCCCCGCUAUCUUUCGCCGAUGGGUUCCCCGAGAUGGGGCCGUCUGGCAAGGCGCCACUCGUAGCACCUGAUCGUGGGGCAUACGCCCUGCUUGCCUCCGUCGGGCUUUUUGGAACUCUGAUUUCCCUCUUGGUCUACGGCAUUUGCGUGUACAGUGCGUUGUGGCGUGAGAGAAUCGCGCCAGGGGAUGCCGCGGGAGGCCCACCCGAAGGGGAGCUGGACUCCAUGAUCAGUGCCUUGGCAAGAGUCAUGUUCAUGACAGAUCUGCUUGUGGAUCACAGCCGCUUCACCAACGGAAAAUUCGAUGGUGGAUUUGAUCAAGCUGGAUUUUUAGCAAAGUGCUCUGAAACGGAGCGCCCCUUUCUGAAAGAACUGACCUCGACCCAAAUGUGGGCCAGUUGGAUAAGCCGUCGGUUGUUAUCGGGCGAGGAUUCGAAGGAUAUUGUUCUGUUCGACGAAGUCAUCGCACAAAAGCUGAACCGGAAGACGUUCAUGUUCAGCAAGACAGCAACGCCUUUCCUGAGCUUGGACUUCUCCGAAAAAGGCCACUACCGUGAAGUUCGUGUUCCGGACCCUCCAAGAGGAAGCGUGGCAGAGCCCGAAGACGAUCGAACGAGUCGAGGCGCGGUCUGGCAGCUGGAUGAGAACCGGCUCUACAAGCCUCGGCCAAUGGAGGCCAUGCUGACGCCUCAGAGAGCUACACUGCAGAAAGUGUUUUGGUUCUGCGAGGUGAUGUGUAGCAUGCCUUUAACGGCUGCAGCGUGA